GCACGGAGCCAGUCCAAGACCCACAGUUUCUCUGCUCUGAUUGGUUAGUCAGAAACUUCUCCGUGUUCCUAUUGGCUGAGACUAGAGUGGGCGGGAUAUGAUCCCGGAAGUUUCGGCUUGUGUUGUGGUUCUGUUCAUAUCACGAGUUGGUCUUACUUUUCUCCGUUUAUAAAAGGACAAUCGAAGCUUCAUAGAUUUAAUUUCACACCGAGAGGCAACCCGAGGACGUGCGCGGGCUUGUUUUGGAGUCUAUUGGUGCCCAUGGCAACCCCAAAGAAGCGGCCAUUGCCCAAACCUUUUCUCGACGGCUUCAUUCUCACAGAUGCAGAGAAGAAGCUGAAAGUGGAAUCCUUAUCGAGUCCUGAGCUUGGUCUGGACCAGGAUCUGAAGCAGGAAAUCCCAGAGAUUUUACAGAUUAAAGAGGAGCCAGAGGAACCGAGCGUCAAACAGGAGGAAGAGCCGUUACCAGUUUGUGUCCCAGAAUCUUUUGCUGUUUGUGUAAAAACAGAAGAGUUCUCACUUCAACAAGCUCAGCCCAAAGAGGAGACACAGGGAGAGGAUAUCAGCGCAGAGCGACUGUUGCACUCAGAGCCUGAGGGAGACACGGAGCACUCUUCUGAUCCUGACAAGGAUGAAGACUGUGGAGCUCCAUUUAGUUAUUCAGAUGAUGACGACCAUGACAACCAAGACCGAGCUGCGCAAAACUCCGGGCUGUCCCCUGAAUACAAGUCUACACCAGAGACCAGUACUACUGUGAACAAUGGAAACAAGUCUAGAACAGCCGAAGGAGCUGAAGGCAAGACGCAGCAGUGCCCUUUUUGUACAAAGACAAUAAAAGGGACUAAACAGAGUUUAGAACGACACAUUAGAAUUCACACAGGAGAGAGACCUUUUAGUUGUUCUAUUUGUAAUAAGACAUUUUCCACAAAAUAUGAUUUAAAUGUACAUAUAAGAUCACACACAGGGGAGAAGCCUUACGGUUGUUCAACCUGUAACAAAACAUUUACCACCAUUGGUUCUCUAAAUGCUCACAGAAGAACACACACAGGCGAAAAACCAUUCAGCUGUUCUUUCUGUAAGAGAGAGUUUAACCAAGUCGGUGGACUGAAUCGCCAUAUGAGACUGCACACUGGUGAGAAAUUCAGCUGUCCCAUCUGUGAGAAAGAAUACACCCAACUCAUCGGACUGAAGCGCCAUAUGAGUCUGCACACAGGGGAGAACACAUUUAGUUGUUCAACCUGCAAUAAGACAUUUCCCACUGAAUCUAGUCUUAGUUUACAUAUAAGAACGCACACAGGAGAGAAGCCUUACAGCUGUUUAACCUGUAACAAAACAUUUACCCAGGUGGGUGCUCUAAAUGCUCACAGAAGGACACACACAGGUGAGAAAACAUUCAGCUGUUCCAUCUGUAACAAAGAAUUUGCCCAUUUGUCUGGAUUGAAUCGUCAUAUGAGGCAGCACACAGGGGAGAAACCUUUCAGCUGUUCCAUCUGCAAUAAGACAUUUUCUCAGAUAGGUAAUCUAAAUGCUCACAGGAGAACGCAUACAGGCGAAAAACCAUUCAGCUGUUCUAUCUGUAAUAAAGAAUUUGCCAAAGCCGACGGACUGAAAUACCAUAUGAGACAGCACACAGGGGAGAAACCAUUCGGUUGUUCCAUCUGCAAUAAAGCAUUUUCCCACAAGAGUAACCUAAAUACACAUAUAAAAAUCCAUAAGACUAAUCUCUGAAGACACUUGAACUGACACAAACAGAAACCAUUCAGCUGUAUAGAGCAUGACUGAAGCUUUACUGUAUUCAUGUUAACACAUUCCAAGUAGCUCUACUGAUUGUACAGAUCAUUCUAUCAUUCAAAUAUGACUUGUUUUAGUAGCCCUAUGCUGUCUUAAUCGACCAAAAUGUGCAUUAGUCGAUUAUUUUAUUUACAGUAUAAAAAAUGAUAUGCAAAACAGCAGAAAGAAGAAGUGAGGACUGAAGACUUGGGAGCAAAUCCUGUGAUUAACCUGCCUUUUUCCAUAAAUCUACUUUUUUCUAGUAAUUUUUUGUAUAAAUUGUUUUUGCAUGAACUCACAUGCAGUUGUAUUUUAAGUGGAGUCACAUGGUCAAAGAACGAACCAUUGUGGUUAUCUAAGCCAAUGCACAGGUGCCUUCU